CAUAGUGUGAACACAGCAGAAAGGGAGAACAUGCUUAUGAAGGAGAAGCGGCGCACAGCAUCCAGCAGCAGCUGCAGCAGUUUGACGACAGUUGGCCGAGGAUGCGUGAGUCCAUUCGGUGUGGCUGGCGUUUGUCUCGUCGCUAUUCUGGUCCUGGACUCAGUUCCACUUAUACACAAUGCGCCAGUAGAACCUUGGCGAGAGACAGCCGACCAGAGGCAACUUCUGAGCCAGAUCGCCGCGGCCUGCUCCUCGUUCUUCUCUGCUGACUUUCAGGCACCCGACGUCUUGGGGGAAAUUUGCUUCUUGAUGCUCAUCCAAAAGUCCAAGAGCCCCACAUUGCAUCCCCUCCUGCAACUGGUGCCCAACCUGCACACCCGACUAGAGAGAGGACUUAGAAUGCAAGCCGAACUGGAGGGACCCGGUGGAAUCCAAAGCAGAGGCUACUUCCUUUAUCGGCCUAGAAAUGGAAGAAGAGCAAUAGAAAAUGAAUAGCAGCACUUGAGCACUACCCCACAGCUGCUGCACUGGACUAGACCAACGACUCAACAACAUACUUUACUUAUAUAUAUAUACAAUAAAA